AUGAACCUCACCCUCACCCUCACCCAUCGACAUGUCUUGUCCGCCGCCAUUGCAGCCUUCAUCGCUUGGGGUCUUGCAGUCCGCGCCCUUCCCGUCCUGCGCUUCCUAGGAUACGCUUUUUCGUUGGGCUCCCUUCUCACUCUCGUGAGCCUGCUGGCAGCAACAUUGGGGGUCUCUAGAUCGCGCGCUACAUACCAGACGCUGGCCUCGCCUCCGAAUUCCUCCCCUGCCUUCCUUCUCCCCGGGAAGUGGGACUCCGAAGUUUCAGUCCUGCAAGUCUCUCAACAAUACCAACCCCUCCAACUCUAUGACCAAUCCUUUGUCGUCUCCCAAGCCCUCGAUACUUUGAUUGGUCUUGCCCUCCGCGACUUCGUUUCCUCCUGGUACCAGAACAUCUCCAAGAGCCCGGUUUUUGUCAAUGAGGUGGACAGGAAUAUUCGCGCUGCAUUGGUGGAGAUCAAAGACCGGAUCCUCGGCGAGGACAUGGUCAAUGUCAUCGUGUCCAAGAUUGUGCCCUUGAUCACUGCACAUCUACGCGACUUUGAUCAGGCUGAACGAGCUGUCCGAGGCCGCAGCUUGAAUCGCAAUGUCACCGAAUCGGAGGAGCUGGAAUUGGCCAUUGCAGCCAAAUACAAGGAGGGUAAGCUGCAUCCUGCUGCUGCCCUUGCCUUCUCGGACACAAAGACGGUCCAGCAAGACCACCUCCGAAAAACCCUGGUUCGCAUCCUGCCGGAUCUUCUAUCUUCCAGCAUGAUGGGGAGUCGCGCCACCCUCGUGCUCGUGAAGGAAAUUGUCGCUGGCGCCGUUUUGUUUCCAAUCAUGCAGUUGCUUUCUGAUCCGGACACGUGGAAUCAGAUCAUCGAAGCCUACGGACGCACCGCUUUACAAGAUCGAAAGACAGUCCGCCGAAUGAGGGAGGCGCUGGACCAGCACGCAUCUCCAGUCCCGAGAAGCAAGACCGGCCAAGAGUUGCCCCGUUUAGCACCCAACGACAGCGAACGUGCCUUUGAGCGAUUUGUUAGAGCCAUUCGCAAAACCAAGAACCUGUCGGAUGCUCGGCGGUUUCGAAGCUCCGUCGCCAGCCAGAUUCAGCGCGAGAGCCUGGUCGAAGGUCAAGAUCCUGUCUAUCUGCGGAGGCUGGAAAUGGCCAAACGCGUACUGGACCAAAAGAUAGCGAAGCUCACUCAGACUGGGCCCGUCCCGCACGCAGCAACACCGCAGCUUGACUCGCGGCCCACUCCAGCUUCGAAGCCCCGUGAGUGGACCAUGGUGGAGAUCAUGCAUACCGCCUCGGGGCUGUCGUAUUUCAUGGAGUAUAUGGAUCGUCAGAAUCGUAUGUCUCUGGUCCAGUUUUGGGUGGUCGUGGACGGCUUCCGAAGUCCCCUCGAGGACGAUUUUGGGGAUGAGGUGAACCCAGGUAUCCAACAAACUUGGACCGAUGCAGAUCGUAUGGACAUCGCUCAAAUUAGCGAAAAGUACAUGGUGAAGGAAGAAUUGAAAAUCCCACAGGAGUCCAAGGACGCUAUCAAAGCAUUCUUGGCCGCUGGACGGAAAGCGUCCCCUCAACAAUAUCGAGCUGCGAGAACUGCAAUUCUGGCGGCUCAGUCUGCCGUCUUGGAAGAAUUAGAAACUCGGCACCUCCCGAAUUUUCGAAAAUCCGAUCUUUACUACAAAUUUCUAGCUUCUGCCGAAGCAGCCGCAGCACGCCCUCGGUUGCAGAGUACAGGAAACCUCGCUGAGGGGAACGGGCAGGUUGGAGCCGACGCUACCAAAUCCCUGUCCCAGGCUCCUCCCAUGACCCGAACCAGUUCACAACUUGUUACACGGAACAAAGAUCUUAGGCGGGCUGCGGUGUCUUCGUCAGAUGUUCGAAGCUUGGCCUCUUCAAAGUUGUUUGACGAUGGAGAUUUUGCCAAACGAUCUGGGGGAUCAACGCCACUGUUCGACGAUGGUUAUGACACUGAUCCAUUGGCACAUUCCACCCACAGCCUCGGACACGAGUCCUUGAAUGGUGAUUCCAUAGAUCAGCGCCAGGUCAUUGAGAACAUGGAGGCAGCCAUGAACAACAUCAUGACAGAUAGCCCGAUGGACGAGACCAUGGGCUACGACGACGACACACUGUUUGGCUCCCCCGUGUCAGCGUCCAAGUCUUCGAAGAACAUCGAGUCGCCGCGCAGCUCUCUCGACAUUCCCAGUGCCGAACAGGCAAACAGACCCAAACCCAGCCUGGCAACGUUGGGGCUUGUCAACACUUCGUCUCGUAUCGGCGUGUUUACGGACAAUGACCUUUUUCCUGACGAAGAAAAGUUCAUUGAAGAUGAAUAUGUCGACAAUGACGAAAGCAAAGUUGAUCAUGUAGAUGAAGACGAGAUUCAUGAAGCUGCGCCAGGAGAUCUCGGCCUUGCGGAGGCGAUUACAGCUCUUAAUAAUGAUAUAGAACGCCUGGUGGCCCAGGAAUCGGUGGUGGACACAUUGACUCGCAAGGCUGAGCUAACAAAUAAUGUCGCGGAGCUGCGAAUUCUGAACAAAUCCAAGUCGAGUCUCCAGAGGGAAAUUCGCCGGAAGGAACUUCAGCGUCAGCAGUAUAUUGUCCAAGAAAGCGACAACAGUUUGUAUGGUCGAUCCAGUAUCUCUAUCAAGUCUGUUGUCGUGGGGAAAGAAGACGAUGGGCGAGAAUUUGCCUUGUACGUUAUUGAAGUUCAGAGGCAGGCUGGUGACCAAAUGCCGGCCGCAAUGUGGGCGAUUCCUCGACGAUAUUCUGAAUUCCAUGAAUUACAUCAACGACUACGACGCAGAUACCCUUCAACGAGGAAUCUCGAGUUUCCCAGGAGGAGGGUUGUAAUGAAACUUCAAAAACAAUUUCUCCAGAACCGGCGUCUCGCGCUCGAGCAUUAUUUGCAACAACUGCUCCAGAUGCCAGACGUAUGUCGAAGCAGAGAGUUACGCUCCUUCCUCUCGCAAUCGAGCAUCAAGUCGCAGCAGGACACGAGUAAGGAGUCCAAUGCACAGGAUAUCGUGACCCGGAUUUACAAUUCUGUCACCGAGGGCAUGGAUGAGUUCCUGGGAAAUGUGUCGGUCCUGGAUCAACUGUCUGUGGCGGGGCAGAAUCUGAUCUCGGCUGCUACGAACCAGUUGGGAAUGAAUCAGGCAGAUAUUGUUCCUCUGGAGCCUGGUCCGGUGGCCGAGGCUGAGGCCGAGUUGGCGGCUUUUGAGGACAAAGAACUGGAACCCUUUGUGAAGCCAAUUUGUGACAUUUUCCUGGAAACGUUUGAGCUGAAUCGAGGAAACAAUUGGCUACGUGGUCGCGCCGUGAUUGUGGUCCUCCACCAACUGCUCGGAGGAACCAUUGAACGCAAGAUUCGCGAAAUAUUCACGGGUUUGGUGCAAGAGGAGCCACUCCUCAAGUACGUUGACAUGAUCAAGGAGACCAUGUGGCCCGGCGGUGGUAAGAUGAGAGAGGCAAAACCACGAUCAGCUGCGGAGAAGAAGAAGUCGAAGUCGGAGGCAGCACUUAUGUUGGCCACGCUGAUCCCUGACCUAGCUGGCAAUGUGGUGGGAAGGGCCAACGCGCAAGCUGCUGCCAGAAGAAUCACGGCCACCAUGAACAACGCGCGACUGAAUCAACACCUUGUCUUUACGAUUCUGGACGAGAUCGUCGGAGUGCUGUUUGAUCCUUCAAAGAAAGCGGGGUUCACCUGA